CGGAGUCUCGCGAGACCGGCCGCCGCCAAGAUGGCUGACUACUGGGACAUCCCUGAGGGCACCGACUGCGGCCGGAAAACUUGGCUCACGACGCGGCUCGGGGCCAUUCUCGGUGAGGAGGCGGCGGCUCGGGCGGACGGGGAGGAGGCGCCGGAGGGCGGGGAGCCGCUCGCCCCCUCCCGGAGCGACUCCGGAUUGACUCCGGAUUAGCCGCGUUCACACGAACCGGGGCGAGUUUGGCCCCUUCGCUCACGCUUUGCGACGCAUGGGGAGGAGGGGAGAGAAAGAACCCCGCGAAGCGCACGUCCCCCGGAGGGGGGUGUCAAUUCGGAGUGACUCCGGAUUAGCCCCGUUCACGCCAAUGGGAGUGGGGGGUUGGGUCAGGGUAAAAUUCAAAACAGGAGCAGCGCAUUUAUUCAAAAUCCAGUUGAGAAUAUUUCGUGUUAAUAAAUGGGAUAAAUACAGUUUUUCAAACCGCUGGUCUAAAAGAAGCCUGACCUUUGGUCCUUGUAGCUCCAUAUUGCCCACACGGGCCGGCAGCAUCUCUUCGGGGUUCGAGGUCUUUUCCCCGGGUCAAACCACUUCUGUUUCAAAGAAGACCCACAGCUCUGCCGUAGAAGAAGUUUGACCUGGGCAGAGCUUGGGGAAAAGACCUCAAACCCUAAGGAGCUGCUGCCGGCCUGUGUGGGCAAUAUGGAGGUACAAGGACCAAGGGUCUGGCUUCUUUUAGACCAGCGGUUUGAAAAACUGUAUUUAUCCCAUUUAUGGAGGGCAAUUUGAAUAGGAAGCUGCCAGGUUGGGUCAGCUUUUGCCUUGAGACAGACGAGAGGCUCUGUUGGGUCAAUUUGGAGUGACUCCGGAUUCUGCCGCCCUGAAGGGGGCGCCGUUUUGGCGCGGGAUAAGAGCCCCUGCUUGCCUUUUGCACAGUCCUUAUCCAGGGUCCAUUUGAAAGCCAUAUAUAAACUUAAACGUAAUCCAGGGUCAAUUUAAAGAGCAUAUAAACUUGAAAGUAAUUAAAUUUGAUAAUAGUAACGAAUGAGCUGCGUUAACACAGGCUGCAGAUGAGUCCUGUUUGCGGCAACCGAGGUCCCGGGGGGGGGGGGCCUCUGGACUAGCUGCAUUCUGGCUCCGGGGUGAAUUCAGAGUGACUCCAGAUUCCUUUCGUUCACAAGGGUCCGUGUGUAUUGAGCCAGGCACACAUUCAUCUGAGGUUGACUCCAGGCUGAGGAAGCCUGUGGGCCCCCCUAUAAUUGGUCAGUUGUGGGAAAUGUAGAAAAGGUAACUUGGAAAAAAGAGGCAUUGCACAUACUUUUGCAAACCAAUAAAUCUUUAAUAAAAAAAUACAUUAAUAACAAUAAGGAAAGUUUAGCUCCUGAUAAAGUCAGACUAACCCAAGAAAACGAGGUAGGCACAGUUCUUGGGGGGGGUCUUAAAAGGAGGACGGGUGGCCCAUAAAAUCCUCUUUUUUCUGUUAGAAUUUAAGGGAGGACCAGUUUUUAAAAGCAGCUGAAGGUAUAUCAUAUUUCUCUUCAAAUAAUAUUUAUUAUUUUCAGUAGAUAAACAUAGUAGAAAAAAGAAAAGAUUAACAAUAAUAAAGACAAACAAGGUAUAUUAUAUUUCUGGCUUGUGGUUUUAGACCCGGGGUCAGCAACCUUUUUCAGCCAGGGGCCGGUCCACCGUCCCUCAGACCUUGUGGGGGGCCGGACUAUAUAUUUUGGGGGGGAAAUGAAUGAAUUCCUAUGCCCCACAAAUAACCCAGAGAUGUAUUUGAAAUAAAAGGACACAUUCUACUCAUGUAAAAACACGCUGAUUCCCUGACUGUCCGAGGGCCGGAUUGAGAAGGCAAUUGGGCCAGAUCCGGCCCCCGGGCCUUAGUUUGCCUAUCCAUGUUUUAGAAGAAGAAUAAAGAAUGUAAAAAUGCAAAAUGUUCCUGUUUUCCUGCAGGUCUGGUGGGCUCUGCUUACCGCCUCGCCCUGUUCCCGUCCGAGACGGCCCUGGGGGCUUUUCAGAGGGCGACCACCGGAACCGUCACCAUGGGUAAGUCCUGCGCGGACUCUGGUCGGCAGCAGCCCAGCCCGCUUGAUAUUUGGGAGAGGAGAAUGAGAAGCUGCGUUUAUUCAUGUAGGGGUGUAGUUAGCAUAAAAUCUAAAUAAUAAUAAUCGGUGUUUUUGGGGGGUGGACGGUGCAGGGCUAUGCAUACCACAAACAUUUUGUGAAUCUAACUUUGGCCUCAUUGAGGGGGCAGUAUUUCAAUAUGAAUAGGGCAAUUUUUAAAAAAGAAAAAUAGGACAUUUUAUUAUUUGUCCCCCACCACCGCAAAUAAAGUUCUCCUUAUAGCUGGCUGUUCUGUAAUUAAUCAAACUUCCUUCGUGAUCAAACCAGGGCAAGGUCGAACGGAGCAGCUCUCAAACUCCGAGAGCGAAAUCUGAACUUUGCGGGGGGGGGGGUGUGGCUGCUGUAGGAAUAUUAGAGCUGCCUUAUAUGGAGUCUGCUUAGUUCAGUAUUGCCAACACUGGCUGGCAGCAGUGACUCUCCCAAGAGGCUCUAACCAGAUGAAGUGCUGCUUCUUUCUCUCGAUUUCUUCUCUCCCCGCUUGUUUUUUGUUUUUUUGUCUCUGCAGCCACCUUGGGGGCCGUUUUCGGGGUCACCACUUGCCUCAGCGCCCAGCUCCGGGACAACCCAGAGGACCCCAAAAACUAUUUCAUCGGAGGCUGCGCCUCGGGCGCCAUCUGGGGAGCCAGAGGUCGGUCAGCUGCCAUCCCGAUUCAAAUUUGGCCCAUUUGGGAUAACGCCAUGCUUCCCUUUUCGUUCUUGCAAUUUCCCCAGACCCCCCCCCCCAAAAAAAAACACAUGCCAGCGUUCCUGUCCAUGCAAUGGCAGAUUCUUAGGAAGGGAUCCACCCAAAAAAUAAAUAAAUUGGAACUGGUCUUUGGUCGCCUGGGGGAUUUGGGAACGAAAGGAAACCGUUCCGUUCUCCUGCAAAUUUCUCGCCGGUAGUAGUAGCAGUAAUAAUAAUAAUAAUUUAUUUGUACCCCGCCCAUCUGGCUGGGUUUCCCCAGCCACUCUGGGCAGCUUCCAGCAAAAUAUUAAAACACAAUAAUUCAGCAGAUGUUCACAGCUUCCCUAAACGGGGCUGCCUUCAGAUGUCUUCUAAAAGUCAGAUAGUUGUUUAUUUCUUUGACAUCUGGUGGGAGGGCGUUCCACAGGGCGGAAAUGCACCAGAAACCCCAUUAAUUGCCGCGAAGAGAAAUCCCCUGAACGGUUUCUCCUCCCAAGCCCCGAUUCCCAUGGAAACGCAGAUUCCGGAGACUGUAAUUGCACUUCUCUGAUUAAAUGCUUGUUCCGAAAAAUUUGGACUCGCCUCCCAAGAUUCCUGCUCCAUUUCCAAGUCUGUUUCCCCAAAUACACUUUGACCCCAUAUCCUGUUGCAGAAAGGCUCUGUAUAUUUGGGGAACUUCUGGAUUACUAUUAUUAUUAUUUAUUUAGAUGUGCAUGUUGCCCUAUGCAAAUAGCAAUGCAGCGAAACCUUGGUUUUCAAACAGCUUAGUUCUCAAACGUUUUGACUCCCAAACACUGAAAACCCAGAAGUAAAUGCUCCCUUUUUCGGAACCCGAACGUCCAAUGCAAGAAGCUCUUGCAACCGAUCGGAAGCCGCGCCUCUGUCAAAACGGUCUUCUAGAACAGAUUGUGUUCCGACAGCCAAGGUUUGACUGUAUAAGAACACAAAAUAAAUGAUAUUUUGAGGUUGAAUCCUGAUAAGACAGAAGUACUGUUUCUGGGGGACAGGGAGCGGGUGGGUGUCGGUCCUGAAUGGGGUCACUGUUCCCCUGAAGGACCAGGUGCGCAGCCUGGGAGUCAUUUUGGACUCCCAGCUGUCCAUGGAGGCGCAGCUCAGUUCUGUGUCCAGGGCGGCUGUCUGCCAGCUCCAUCUGGUACGCAGGCUGAGACCCUCCCUGCCUGAGGACUGUCUUGCCAGAGUGGUGCAUGCUCUGGUUAUCUCCUGCUUGGACUACUGCAAAGCGCUCUACGUGGGGCUCCCUUGGAAGGUGACCCGGAAACAACAACUAAUCCAGAAUGCGGCAGCUAGACUGGGGACUGGGAGUGGAGACCAUAUAACACCAGUCCUGAGAGACCCACAUUGGCUCCCAGGACCUUUCCAAGCACAAUUCAAAGGGUUGGUGCAGACCUUGAAAGCCCUAAACGGCCUCGGUCCAGUAUACCUGAAGGAGCGUCUCCACCCCCAUCGUUCUGCCCGGACACUGAGGUCCAGCGCCGAGGGUCUUCUGGCGGUUCCCUCAUUGUGAGAAGCGAGGCUACAGGGAACCAGGCAGAGGGCCUUCUCGGUGGUGGCGCCCACCCUGUGGAACGCCCUCCCAUCAGCUGGCAAAGAGAUAAACAACUACCUGACAUUCAGAAGACAUCUGAAGGCAGCCCUGUUCAGGAAAGUUUUUAAUAUGUAACGCUGUACUGUUUUUAACACUUGAUUGGGAGCCGCCCAGAGUGGCUGGGAAACUCAGCCAGAUGGGCGGGGUAUAAAUAAUAAAUUAUUAUUAUUAUUAUUAUUAUUAUACAAAUAAAAGCAAAGACGACCCAAUAACCCCACAGCACAUUUUAAAGGCCGUCGGAUGUCAAUCAACCCAAGGCCUGGUUAGCUGAAGGUGCGUUGCCAAGGCGCCAGCCUGCAAUUCCUUUUCCGUGCCCCUUUCUUCUCUAAUUCCCUUUCCAAGGCAUCCGAGUUUUUUGGCCCUCCCGCCUCCAGUGGCAGAGAGUUCCGCAAUCCGACUACGCUCUGCAGGACGAUGGGCCUUCUCUCUCUCUCUCUCUCUCUCUCUCUCUCUGGGGAUAACAUUUUAUUCAUUUCCCAAAAUAACAUAGCAACAAAAUAACAACACUACAUGAGAAAAAGGAAACCUCAUGAACAAAUUUUAAAACCAUCAUUUGGCUUGACUUCCCUCCACUCUCCCUCUUGGUUCCACUCUUCAGUGCAUGUUUCUGCAUGUCCAGGAAACCUUAUAUUCUUAAUGAUCCAAUUGUGAACCUUCGUCUUGUUACAAGUAACUUUUAAGAGUUCUACUAAUGUAAAUAUCUGUACACAAAGCUUAACCUUGCAGGCAUGGCCAAACUCAGCCCUCUAGCUGUUUGGGGACUACAAUUCCCAUCAUCCCUGACCCCUGGUCCUCUUAGCUAGGGAUGAUGGGAGUUGUAGUCCCAAAAGACAAUUCCCGUCAUCCCUGGCCACUAGUCAUCCCUGUUAGCUAGGCAUGAUGGGAGUUGUAGUCCCAAGGCAGCUGGAGGGCUGAGUUUGGCCCUGCCUGGCUUAAAGGAUAUGCAUUGAGCAUUUCUCCCUUUCCCCCCAAAUUCAGAGUCCUCUGACGGGCCGCCUCUCACCUCUCCUCUCUCUCCUCUUCAGCCCACAGCUUCGCCACCGGCACUGCGGCCUGCGUGGGCCUGGGCUCGGCCGCCUUCCUGGCCAAAAUCGGCAAGAAGGAGGGCUGGCGCUGGCUGGGGCCUCCCGAACUCUGAACCCGGAGCCGCCCUCUCCGUCCUCCCAGCACGGCGCACGAUCGCCACCCACCACGUCCCGGGGCUUGGACCGCGGGGCAGACAAGGACUUAGCGGGAAAUCCCCAAAAUCCCGGCGCCGUGGGCCGGCCGUCCCGUGGGAAUCUUGCCCUGCAAAUAAAAGCGUUGGCCGUUUGCGGUCCCUGCAAAAUUCCUCUUUGUGACUUCCUCUUACAGUGUGUCUUAAAACACAUUGGGUUGUUGUUUUUUCCCAUUUUCUCAUUUUACAGAAUUUUUUAUUUUUAAUAAUAUUCAGUUUCCCAUUUUAGCAAUCCAACAAAAAACACAUUUAAACAUUCCAAAUUAUGACACAAUUUAAAAAAGCCAAAUUAUAUAUCUUUGGGUGCCUUCCUGUGCUCUGAAGAUUGGGGUGUGAUGAUCUAAUAUUAUACUGCAUUCCUUAAUGAGUCCAAAUAGCCAUUUUACAAAAUCAUAACAAUAUAAAUUUGCUCGGCCAAUUUGGAAUACCGAAACUCAGUGCUUUUUUUUCCUUUGGAAAAUGUUCAGAGGUACUCUCAUUUUGACCCGAGAGAAUCACCAGUAAAUGGGAAAAAUAAAAGUAAAUGGACAAAAGUACAAAUGAUUCACAAAAUGUUUAGGGGUAUGUGUCCCCCCAGAAAAACAGCACUGCCAGAACUUCAUGUCUCCCCCUUCCUGCGGUUCCUUAGAUUGUAGAUUUUUCCACCGCGUAUCCGAUUUAAAUAUAUUGGUUAUUUUAUCCUUGAAAAUCUAUUUAAAUUAUCUCACUGUGCGUUUUUAUCUCUGUGCUGCGGUUAAAAUACUUCAUAAAAAGAGGAUGUUCCAAACGUCCGAAGGCCUACAGUUUCACGGUCCCAUAUGGGUGGGCUAUUAUUAUUAUUAUUAUUACUUCCCCCCUCUCAAGAGCGUCGUUCAGAUUGUGUGACCCCCUAUAGGUGGGGAAAUGACACGGUAGAGAAGCUGCUGCAAUGAGAUAUAGCAUAUUUAGAAAGAGCAACAACCAAGGAAAACUGGAUGGGAAGUUGAUAAAAAGAAAGUAUAAAUUACUAUGGAAUUUUUUGUGGAAAUUGAAUAAAACAUUAUAAAAGAGAGGGGAAAUAGCAGGGUAAAAUUCAAAACAGGAGC